CAGUCGGCAGGGGGCGCUAAACACCCGCCUUAUUGCUACACUUUAAAGACACCGUAGAAGAAGAGCUUACCAUUGUAAACACAAGGAUAUGGCUGACGAGAGGGGUGGAGGUGAAGACAACAUUAACGACAACAUGGGGAACCAGUUACAGCUUUUACCAGAAAAUGAGGAGGAGGAGGAGGAGGAGGAUGACAUGGAGACUGAAGACAGAGAGAGUGAUGAGGGAGAAAAUCCCAGCAUCAUCACCUUUGACCCCAGUCUUCCCACAUCACAUGCUUACCUGGGCUCAGACAUGGAAGAGUUCCACGGCCGUACGGUCCACGAUGAUGACAGCUGCCAGACUAUCCCUGUGCUGCCACACACAGCUGUGAUGCUGGUGCCAGGCCAGACUCUGCCUCUGCAGCUGUUCAGGCCUCAGGAGGUCAGCAUGAUGAGGAGCAUCAUCCAAAGAGACCGCACGUUCGCUGUGCUCGCACACAGUGAUGCGGCGGAGCCAGAGUUUGGGACAACAGCUGAAAUCUAUGCAUACCGGGAGGAGCAGGAGUACGGCAUUGAGACAGUCAAAGUGAAAGCUGUGGGGAGGCAGAGGUUCAAGGUCCAUGAGAUAAGAACUCAAGCAGAUGGGAUCAGACAAGCCAAAGUACAGAUCCUUCCAGAGCGAAUCCUUCCAGAUCCCCUGUCUGCUGUGCAGCUAACGCCGCUCUCCAGACUCCACGUACACCCCUCCUCCAAACCCCCAACUCAGAGCUGCAAAGAGGCCCAGUGCUGGUGGAACAACUACCAGCAGAGGAAGUUUCACUGUGCUAGACUGACACCGUGGCCCCACUGGGUCUACGCACUCUACGACUCUGAGUCACUCAUGAACAGAGUGAAGAAGCAACUCCAUGAAUGGGAUGAGAACCUGAAGGAUGACUCCCUCCCCACGAAUGCCGUAGACUUCUCCUACAGGGUGGCAGCCUGUCUGCCCAUAGACGAUGCUCUGCGGCUGCAGCUGCUGAAGAUUGGCAGUGCCAUCCAGAGACUCCGCUGUGAGCUGGACAUCAUGGACCGGUGCACGUCAUUGUUUUGUAAGCAGUGCCAGGACACAGAAAUCACCACAAAAAAUGAAAUAUUCAGCUUGUCUCUGUAUGGGCCCAUGGCUGCAUAUGUCAACCCUCAUGGCUACGUUCACGAAACACUGACUGUCUACAAAGCCAACAACCUCAACGUGGUUGGCAGGCCAUCCACACUGCACAGCUGGUUUCCAGGAUACGCCUGGACAAUCGCUCAGUGCAGAAACUGUGGGUCUCACAUGGGUUGGAAGUUCACAGCCACCAAGAAGGACUUAUCUCCCCCUCGUUUCUGGGGUCUGACCCGUUCAGCCAUGUUCCCUCGUAUCCCCCAGGGCAAUGGGGAGGAAGGAGGGGAGGGCGCUCGUCUCUUCUGCCUGUGAUGUCAGACCCCUCCCACCUGCAAACCCUGGAUCUCCAGCCUUUCUCUGGCUGCAAUUACUUUUAGUAAUCAAUCCAUUAUACGUCGCCUGUCACUCGUAACAGCAGCUGUCAUAUUAGCGAAAAGGUGAUUUGGCCUUUAAAUGUCACCUUAAGAGCAAAUUAGGAGAAGGGAGGCUGUGAUUGCUCUUAAAGGUCCUUAAAAUGUGGCGGCAGUAGAGAGACUAAAGUCAGAUGACAGUAACAGAAUGAGUCCAUGCCAUGUGCUAACAUCCUCGCAUGCAGCUCCCUGAUCUGUGUCCCUGUCCUGCUGUUCUCUUGGAAACUGCAAAACAAACAGCUCUGUUCAGUGUCUUAUUUAUCCCAGGCUGCAUUUUGAUCUGAUGUAAAUGAAACAAAUCAAUAUACUUUCACUUCGUAUUCAGAUCCUUUGUCGCAUUUGUUAUAAGAUGUAAAGGAUCGGUGGAGGAAGCUGUUGAAGAGCAUACGUGCAGGUCAACCAUAAUAGGGAGUAUUUUGAAUCUUGGGAUUAAAGUGGGUGUAUUUUUGUAUGUAAUUGCAAAUAGUUUAACAUUCUUUGAUGUGUUGAAAAACGGUUUUCGUUGUCACAUCAGGUUUCGUGUAAUAACCAGAAAAAUCUGAGGCGACAAUAACGGUGGUGUGUAAUAUAGUUGCUAAUCGGUGUCCGCUUUCUAUUCAGCUAGAGCUCCCUGUUGUCAGACGCUGCUUCAGGACACAAACGUUAUCUCCUGCUGCAAAGUGAAGAUUGGAGAUGUCUUGGUGCCUCAUGGCAGACUGUUCUUUAUCCCCAAAGGUCAAAGCAAAUUAAGGUGGAGAGGAGUGUUUAUCCUUAAUCUAGUUUAUUAUGUGUGGUGUGUUAAAACUGUGUGCCUACGCUGCAUCUCAGUGUCUUUUCGUAAGUUUGAUAAAGUAGUGAAUGAAAAUAUGUAAAUGGAAAAGUGAUGAUUACACUUUUAAUUAAAAUAGUUUUUUAGGAUUCUCUUUGGUUUAAACACUUGGUUUUCGGGGUUUUAUUUGUGAUUGUGUUGCAAGGUGCUGGCUCACGUUGGUUAAACUGUCACUGUACAUAUGAUGCGGUCAUAGCAUUUGUUACUAUACUUCUUCUAUAUUUGUCAUCUUUUCCAUGAUCAGGGUCAUAAGAAAUGUCCUAAGAGUAACUGAAUGCAAUAAGAAUUAGUCUUCAUCUGGGGGUGUUGGUUUGUAGUUGCUUUCUUAAAGGAGUGGUUUAACAUUUUCCAAAACAACAUUAUUGUUUAGCAAGUAAGAAAGAUUUACACUAAACUCCAUCCAUAGCCCAGAUAAAGCACAGGGACUGGAAACUGGGGAACCGCCCACCUGGAUCCUUCAUAGGAUCUGCACAAUUAAAAAUUGUCAUAAUAAUGUGUUACAGCAUGUUUAGUUUAGUUAAGGUUUUGUUUAAUGUUAAUUUACUUGAUUGUACUUGUAUACUUUUAUUAAAGAGGUAAUAACAUGUCACUAGGUUCUAGGGACAAAGCCAGUACAGCUGUUUCCACCAGUUUCCAGUUUCAUAUAAAACAUUUAAAACAAUUAGAAAAUGUGAUUUUCUAUAAAUAUGUCCACUAGUUUAGUUUACAUAUCCUUCACCAGAUUCUUAUCAUUUGUAUCAUUUUAUGCAGUUGGACUAAAGUAGCAGGUAUCAACCAGUAACUUUGACUGUGUUAUGUUUCAUAUUACUGGCGCUGUGUUUGCCCCCACAAUCAAAUGGAUGCUUCACUGAGGAAAUGAUUGGCCCAGUUCCAAAGAAGGCCUUGUCUUUCCAUUCCAUUCAGUACCACACAGUAAAAUAAACAUGCAGUUAUCCUGUGA